AUGGGGUCCGGUAAGCUCAAGAAGAGCUGCCUUCAUAAACGAAAUCAAAGCCUAACAAACCAAAUAGCCCUUGGAGCUUACGAGUUCCUCCUUCUCGUUUUUAGAACGGCCUCAGCUCACGGAUUAAGUCAUAUUGCGGCAAGGAAGAGAAGUCCCAUGGAAAUUAUUGUCUGGAUACUGGCUGUGUUGGUUGGAAUUUCGGGAGCUGCACAUUUAUGCCAGUCAACAUGGGAGCGGUACCAGAGCAGCCCUACGGUAAUUUCUUUGGAAAGGAAUUACUUGGAUUGGAACACCACCUUUCCAGCUUCCACAGUUUGCCCUCUGAAGAAACUUGAAGAUUCUAGAAUCAAUAAAUUAGCAAGAGAAAUUUAUUGGAAAAAUAAUAGUUGGAACACAUUUCCUUUGGUAAACGCUUUUAAGGGAAAUCCAUUGGAAGGUGAUAUUUUUGUAGCUAUGAUGGAAAUGAAUAGCGAUUUGCAGGUGUUUAUUCACAGUCCUCAAGAAAUUCCAGAGUCUGCCAGCAAGUGGUUUCUUUCAGCUCAAAAGCAUUAUUUGGCCCUGGAGUUUGAAGCUCUGGCUAUUUACUCGACAGAGAACACUAGAGAACUGUCGGUAAAGCAGAGGAAGUGCAGGUUCCUAGACGAAUCCAACCUGGAAACGAGUCCAGUAUAUUCUUAUAAUAUGUGUAGGUCAGAAUGCAGGAUGCGGCUAGCUUUCAAAUUGUGCAGCUGUGUGCCGUAUUUUUAUAGAAACAUAGGAAAAUACAGAAUUUGUGACGUCGCUGGAAUGCGCUGUUUGUCGCAGUAUAAAGAGCGAUUGAUUCAAUUAAGGGAUUCUGUUGGAAACAAACACAGAUGUGAUUGCUACCCGACUUGCAACGAAAUAAACUAUAUUAUACAAACUGAUAGUUCAAUAGAAUGGCUACUAGGAACAAAUUUUAAAUACACUCUUAUUAAAUAUCCUCGAAGUCGGUUGAAGAGAGACAUAGUUUUUGGUGCUUCAGAUUUACUAGUUCAGUUUGGAGGAACAGUUGGCCUCUGUUUAGGAUGCAGCAUACUUAGCAUUGUGGAAAUAUUUUAUUUUUUUACGCUUCGUUUGUAUCUUUUCAUAAUGGAUAAAACAAACCACCAUUGACCGGUAGUUAAUUUUGAUUCAAAUCUCUGAAUGGAAUUACUCAUAAAGAUUUGAAAUCAUCUUCAACAGCAAUAUAAAGAAUACAUUGUUUUAAUUCAUAUGCCUUUUCAGCUUCUUG